AUGACACACCAUUCAAACAACUCUGUUCGAGACCAUAUGAAAUGGGCCGGUUUGCUGGGCUGCGAGGCAGUGCUUUCCAGCAUGGCCCUGAUGCAGGCCAACAAUAUUCAAGGUCAAAAGAAGAUGUCAUCACUGGGUCACGGGCACCGGUCAACUUCAGAAAGCCACCAAAGCCACUCGCAUCAUAGCCACCAUGGAAACCAAAGUCACCAUGCACAAGGCAACAGCCACACGGGCCAUAUGUCUACGGGGAGCUGUCCACCACUGCUGAUCCAAAAGGAUGGAGAUUACCACACUUCGAGAAUAUUGGAUGGGAAAAACAUGCAUACCAGCCAGAGUAUGCACGUCAAGAAAAAGCACAAAAAAUCGGUUAAAGUUAAGGAAGAGGUGCGGGUAUGUUUGACCCUCUGAACUUUAGACAUGACUCAACUCGACAUGGAUGACGACAGUGUUCUGAAAGUCCAGAAGAACUUCAUCUGUGACCACUGUUAUGGUGCUUUUCGGAGCAGCUAUCACCUCAAGCGGCACAUACUGACACACACGGGGGAAAAACCUUAUGCCUGUGACAGCUGCGACAUGCGCUUCAUUCAGCGUUACCACCUGGACCGACACAAGAGGGUGCACAGUGGCGAGAAGCCGUACCAGUGCGACCGCUGCAAUCAGACCUUCUCACGGACAGACAGGCUGCUGAGGCACCGGCGCCUGUGUACCGCCGGGAUCAGCAAAGACGACAACCAGUGUUGCGAUAGUCGAUCAUCUGCGUACUCACAGGGCACCUCCGGCCACACUGCUUCCUGGAGUCCCUUACAGUCUUCCAACAGCCGCCUGACCGUCUGA